GUGAUUUUUUUUCUUCUCUUUUUUUUAUUAUUGGCCAACACUUGCAAACUUGAGUAAUGCUUGCAAAUUUCAAGUGAUAACUAAGUUUUGGUAUGUUCAAAAAUGUGAAAUCAGAUACAUCCGCUUUGAAAUGUGAACUAAUUAAUUCUCUUUCGAAUGGUAAAUAUCUUUUAAUAAGUAAAAAAUGUUAGGUGAUGUUUUAAACUGUUCUUGUUUGAGGUGAACGAUCUAAAAUGGGAUCAGUAAUCAGAUAUGGGAUAGGAGAUCUAUUUUAUUUUAGGAAUUGCUACAAUUUGUUCUUAUAUUUGAGAAGCUCUGGUAUUUUAGUAAUGUGCUAUUAUACCUUGUCUAUGUAGAAUGCUUACUUUUCUCUCUCUGACCUAAUUUUACUUCUUCCUAUCUGGUUUCAGGUAUGUGCUAUCAGAAAAAACUUUGAUCUUUUCAGAAGAGACCACACUUUAGAUAUGGAGCAAUUCUGUUAUUGAAUCCAACAUCUCAAUUCUUUAGGUCUAAAUGUUAAGGCUAUUAGUAGACAUUAUGUCAGUUUGGUGUGGGUGGUGAUUUGACUUGCCUGCCAAUCAAUUGAUGGUGUCAUUGGUCUCCUACAUUGCUUCAGGUACCAGUUAGUUCCUCUAUCAGCAGUGACAUUGUGUGCUACUUAGAAAGAUUUAAUAAGGGAGGAGCUCAUUUUAUGUCCUGAACAGUUUUGGUGCAUGUCUAAUAAUGCAAUUAAGAUUGUCCUUAUAAAUGAUAUUUUUAUAGAAAAAGUAUUCUCCUUAUGGCUAGAGUCCAAGUUGUGCACCUGCACGCAUUUCAGCCACACCCAGCUAUAGCUAUGUAAGCCAAGCCAUGAAAAACCGGUAUUUUCUAUUUGUGAAUCAUAUCUACACCCUGAUAUGCCAGAACAUUUGCUUAUAGAUCUGUUUCAGUGCAGACACUAUGUAUAUGCAGAAUGAAGGCAAUAUUUGGGAAAUUGUGAUGUAAGCUUUGAGGUGGUUUCUGGAGAUGUUAGAGAGACAAAUAAUAUGGACUCGAAUGUGGAAGCCUCUUCUAAUUCUCUCCCAAAGGGACAACGGAAAAAAAGGAGUUUUUCAUCUCUUUGCUGUUCCUGUGGCAAACACAAAAUUAACCAGACAAGGAGCCCAAAGCUUUCUCAAAGUCCACAGCCCAGCUUGGGAGAUCCAGCUGAAUAUUUGUCAGAGGUAUCUGUUGACUCCUCAGAAGUCAUGUCAGAAGCAGAAGCCCUGUCUCCUUUUUCAAGGGGAAGCCGUACUCGAGCAAGUCUUCCAGUUGUGAGGACAACAAAUCAAACAAAAGAAAGAUCUCUUGGGGUUUUAUAUCUGCAGUAUGGAGAUGAAACUAAACAGUUAAGGAUGCCCAAUGAGAUUACAAGCACAGACACUAUUCGUGCCCUCUUUGUAAGUGCCUUUCCCCAACAACUGACAAUGAAAAUGUUGGAGUCUCCCAGUGUGGCAAUAUAUAUCAAGGAUGAGAGCAGAAACAUCUAUUAUGAAUUAAGUGAUGUGAGGAAUAUUCAAGACAAAUCUUUCCUUAAAGUUUACAACAAGGAUCCUGCCCAUGUCUUUAAUCACAUGUCUAGAGCGAUCAAUGGAGAUGUAAGGAUGCAGAGAGAAAUAUUCCCAAAUACUUCUCGGCCAGGAUCUAUUUCACAUCCUCCUCAUGCACUUCCAACCUCCCCUCCUCCUAUGGCAGUGCCACACUCAAUGCCCCCUUCUCCAUCCCGGAUCCCAUAUAGUGGUAGGCCAGUCAGUGGCCCUGGCAAUGCGACCAUUCCCCGAGAUAGGCUUUCUAACAUCCCUGGAUCACGGUCCAUCUCACCAAGCCCAAGUGCCAUCUUGGAAAGGAGGGAUGUGAAGCCAGAUGAAGACAUGGGCAACAAGACCCUUACUCUUUUCCGAAAUGAGGGGCUGUAUGCUGAUCCUUAUUUGUUCCAUGAGGGCAGGAUGAGCAUUGCGAGUUCACAUACAGGACAUUCCCUGGAUGUACCCGAUCACAUCAUUGCCUAUCAUCGUAGCACAAUGAGGUCUUCAGGCACUUACUGCACUCCUCCCGUGCAAGCAGAACUUGUGGAGCAAUCACUCUAUCGACAGAAACCAAGGAAGUAUCCUGAGAGCCUUUUGCCAACUCUGAGUUCCAAAACACCUCCUGCCUCUCCUCACCGAGUGGCUGACAUUCGAAUGAUAGACAUUCAUACACACCAAGUGUCACCGCACACCAUUCACCUUGAUAGGUCAUCCCCUGGUCGACAGUCUCUCAAGAAAGAUCCGGGCACUCCUGUCUUUGUGGAAGGGAAAGCUCAAAAUGCCCUAGGUUUAUCUGGCAUGGCUGAGGUGGCCCCUGUGAUUCCUGACAAAAAGGUUUUUGGCUAUGGAACAGCAGUAGUACCAAAAGAGAAUGAAACCAGAGAGAGGAUGCAAGCCAUGGAAAAACAGAUUGCCAGUUUAACUGGCCUUGUUCAAUCUGCGCUUUUAAAAGGGCCAAAUACAAGUAAUAGCAAAGAUCCUUCUAGUGAGAAGAUGGUCAAAAUUGUAACUAGUAAGAGCAGUGCCGAGAAGGCAGGAUCCACUCAUGACUUCACUGGGAAGAAUUCAUUAGCAGAAGUUGAGAUUUCCAGUAAAAGCCCCCGCCAUUCUCUUCCGUCAAAUUCUGCAGCCAUGCAAUUCAGUCUCCUUAACGUGAAACGCAACGUAUCUGAUCUCCGUCUUCAGCUUCUCCAGAUCAGGCAGUUACAGCUUCAGAAUCAGGAGACAUUAAAAGCCAUGAUGAGGAAUGCAGAACUGGAGAUCAACCACAAAGUGAUGGAAAGAGCAAAAAGAUUGGAAGACCCCAUGCAGCGCCAUCGCCACCUGGUGGAGCAAGAAAGACAGAAAUACCUUCUUGAGACAGAAAGGAUUAUAAAGAGCUUAUGUGAGCUAGAAAGAUUUGUUGAAGAUCUGAAGAAGGAAUCUUUGACAUCUAACAGAACAGUAACACUGAAAGAUGUUGAAGAUGGAGCUUUCCUCUUGCGGCAAGUUGGAGAGGCAGUUGCCACCCUCAAAGGUGAAUUUCCAACACUGCAGAAUAAAAUGAGAGCUAUUCUCCGUAUCGAAGUGGAGGCUGUGAGAUUUUUAAAAGAAGAACCUCAUAAACUAGAUCUUUUACUGAAGAGAGUUCGGAGCAUGACAGAAAUCCUGACCACACUCCGGAGGCAUGUUACAGAUAGUUUGCUCAAAGGUGUGGAUCCAUCACAAGCUGCCCAAUAUAAUGCAAUGGAGAAGGCCACUGCAGCAGAAGUUCUGAAAAAUCAAGAAGAAACCACCAACAGCCAACAUUCACAGCAGAAUGUUGCUGAAUCCCCAGCGGAAGUGUCUGUUAAAUCUGAAAUGGUUCCCAUCUCCACUGUGACAGUGCAUCAUGCACAAAGUUCUCCAGUGGUUACCCAUCAGUCACAACAUUCAUUCACAUUGGUCAGUCAAGUCCCAAAUUCUCCUCUGACCAAUAGCCCAGGGCCAGCUAUAGCUACAUCAAGUUCUCCAACCUACAUGGAAUCAACAACAAUGACCACCAUCAAUACCCAGCAAAUACAGGUGCCUCAUUCACCCCCUGUUCCUGUGAACAACAACAUGCAAAGUCUUUUUAUUGAAGAACUUCACAAUGCCAGUACAAGGAACAGAGCUCUCUCGAUUGAGAAAGCAGAGAAAAAAUGGGAAGAGAAAAGGCAGAAUCUGGAUCACUAUGAUGGGCAGGAAUUUGAAAAACUACUAGAAGAAGCACAAGCAAACAUUAUGAAGUCUAUCCCAAACCUUGAUAUGCCUUCACAAGUAACUGUUUCACCCAAAGCUGAUGCAGCACAAGUACCUGAAGAUAGUCCCAAAACAGAACAGGAGCUGGAAAAGGCAGUGAAGUCUCCACCUCCUCCACCUCCACGGCGAAGCUAUGUGCUAGGAUCUGGAUUAAGCACAAGACUGAGUGAAGUCAGUUAUACAUCCAGAAAAGAUAACACUAUCUCCAAGGAAAGCAGUGAAGAUUCUGUUCAAGCAGCAUCAUCCAAACUCUUCCCAGAAAAAAAUGUCUCUCUUCAAUCAGCCAGCACACCAAUGAAAGAGGAAGAGGAAGAAGAAGGAGAUAAAAUAAUGGCAGAACUACAGGCCUUCCAGAAGUGUUCUUACAUGGAUAUAAACUCAAACAAUCAUGCUGAACAGUCCAGAAAUGAUACACACAAAAAAGAUGCGAGGUCUGUGGCCUUAAUGCAUCCUAAGGAGAAGAAGGUUGAUGGGGAGGCCACAAAAGAUAGUGACCAUCCCAAGGACAAGACUGAAGGGAGAACAGAAGUCAUGAUCUCAGGUGCUUUCAGCAUCACUGAAAACUCUGCCUUUAGGCCAGAGUUGCUUUUGGAAAACAAGGAUUAUGCCAACAAAAAUUCUUUUAAACCAAACACAAACCUCUCUAGUAGUAUGUUAGAAAAUGAAGGAAAGAGAUGUCCUGAAGAAAUACAAGUUUUAGAAGCAGAAAAUGGAAGACAAAAACCAAGUUAUGUUGUGGUAAGAGAGACUGAUACAUCCCCAAAAGACCUUCUGGAAGAUGCAAAGGUACCUCUUGUUGGACAGACAGAUGCAUGCACCCAAGAAAUGUCUUUAGUUUCUCCAUCAACACAAGAACAGGGAAGGUCAGUUAGUGCCUGUAAUCAAGUCGCACUAAGGCACAGAGCAUCUAAGAACAUCAACUUAAAUGAUAUUGAUGAAGUAGAAUCACCAGCUAGUAUUCCAAAUGAGGAGAAUUCACAAUCAGAGAAUGUUGGCUUCAUGAUUACUAGAACAGCUGUUCAGUUUCUAUCAGGUGGAGAGGUUCAUGACAUAGUGAACAGGAAGGGAAAUGCUGUACAGACUGUGAACAUUGAUUCCAAAAAAGAAACACCAUCUCAACAAAGCAUGCUUGAAACUUUUAAAGGUGAAGAACCAGUGGUUUGCUUGGACAAAAAACCAGUCAUCAUUAUUUUUGAUGAACCAAUGGAUAUCAGAUCAGCUUACAAAAGACUUUCAACAAUAUUUGAGGAAUGUGAUGAAGAGUUGGAAAAAAUGAUGACUGAAGAAAAAAUAGAGGAAGAAAAUGAAGAAUUUGAUACAACUGAUGAUACUCACUAUGAAGAAGCCACCGAGACAAAUAGGAUACAGGUUACUGAGAAAUCCAUACAACAAACUUCCUCUAACUCAGCACCCCAAGUUCUACAGUCUGAAGGACAGGAGAUGGACAAAAAGGAGCAUCAGAAAUCCAGUUAUAUUUAUGGAUUGGAACCAAAGUUGGAUGUUCCUGAUGCUAAGAAGAAAUUUAAGUUUAAGUUUCCUAAAAAGCAAUUAGCCGCUCUCACUCAGGCAAUUCGCACAGGAACUAAAACAGGCAAGAAAACAUUACAAGUUGUUGUCUAUGAAGAGGAGGAGGAAGAUGGCACCGUAAAACAACAUAAAGAAGCAAAAAGAUUUGAAAUACCUAGUUCUCAAUCUGUUAGCACUUUUGAAAAAUCAGAAUCAAAGGCAGUUGUCCAGGCAUCUAGAACUGAAGAAAUCAGGAAGAAUACAUACAGAACUCUAGACAGCCUGGAACAAACUAUCAAACAGCUAGAGAGCACCAUUAGUGAGAUGAGUCCAAAGUCAUUUUCUGAAACCACAGGCCAGGCAGAGAAACCGCCUGGCCCAGGCUUUUUCUCACCCAAAGAAUCCACAGUGGUGGAAGAAAGCAAUGCUGAUGUUGAAUCGCUUCCUUCAAUACGAUCAUCUUCACGAAAGAAUUCAACCAACACUUCACAAACAAGCAGGAUGCCAAUCCCUGCAGCCACAAAAAGUAGGCAAGGAGGUGUGGACAAGACCAUUAAACAACACAAGCUACAGGACCAACGCCAGUACAGACAGGCUAAUGGAAGUGCUAAGAAAGCUGGUGGGGACUAUAAAGCUAUUUCCCCAAUUCUAUCUGCCUCAAAAAUUCCAGCCUUUUCUUCCACUUCUGGAAAAAGUAGUUCUAUGUCUAGUGGUGAUAGCACUAACCUUCCAAGCCUAUCCACUAAAGCCUCCGUUCCUUCUAAUUCUCUCAGUCCUCCAACAGGUCGUCCUACUCAUUCUUCUUCCUUAAUCCCUUCAGUUGCUAAUGGCUCCUUAAAAUUCCAGAAUCCUACUCACACAGGUAAAGGCCACAGUCACCUUUUACUCUCCACACAGACUCAAAAUGGCCGCCCAACCGCUCUUCCUCCCUCUUCCUUUUCCUCCGCUUCCUCCUCCUCCUCCUCCUCCUCCUCCUCACCCUCUUCCAUCUCUACCACAUUACCAAACCAAAGUAUGAAGAACAUUCGGUCAAUCCACACACCCAGCUUUACCAGCUACAAGUCCCAGAAUGGAAGUGUCAGCAAAGCCACUGCAUCUUCCACCAUCACCAAAGAGCCAUCUUAAAAGUGAUACCUGGGCCUGUACGGUUCACCAAGCCUUCCUAACAUGCUGAUGAUGUUGCAACCAGUCUUACAGCUGAAGAUUGUUACCCAUCCUGUUGUAUCAUUUCAGGCUGAAUGCUACAUUUGUGCUAAACACUAGGGUUAACAUCGUGAAUUAGUGAUAAAUGUAGUUUUUAAGCAUUCAUUACUGGUUAAACAGCCAAGGGAAUUAUAUAUGAAGCACAGAUUGUCUUUUAAAUAGAAACUGUUAUAAGAUUUGAAAGGACGUGAGUGGACUGGAAAUGUGUGCACAAAAAUGUAUUGAGCAUGAAAAACUGUAUUUAAGAAGCCUGUGGUUUUUGUAUAAAGCUAUUUUUAAGUACAAGAAUUAAAGCAUCAGGAUAAUAAGAAGACUGUAAAACUGAAACUAAAAUAUUUUUCUUUUAUUUUGGAGUUAUUCAAAUUUGUUAUAGAUUUCUAUUUUUGUCAACAAAGAAAACCAUCGUGGUUACUUUAAAAUUUCUUUUGUCAAAACAUUUGAUACAAUUAUAAUGUACAUUUGAUAGUAGAAUGACAAACAUAAAAGCUAAGACAAACACUGAUGGGGCAAAUUUAUGGCACUGCCAAUCAGAUUAUAUUUAAUAAUUUGCCAUGCAUUUUUGGGUGGGGGGGGGGUUGUUUAUUUGCUUAUUCAUUUUAGCUAAGCUUUGGCUUCCUUUUUGUUUUUUCCAUGUUAAUUAGACUUAGAUAAACUAUGUAGUAUUAUAGUGUGGAUUUUUGAAGUGUAACUUCUGUCCUGCUCUGUAUAAUGGAAAGUCUUUGUACAUAUUAUAAUAUAAAGAUUAUAAAUAUAAAUAUAUGAAUCUAAACAAUGCAUGUGGCUGGGAACAUUGACUACUUUUCAACACCAAAGGUCCAUUAUGCAUAUUAAAUUUUGGAAAAUGUUAAAUGGGGAAAAAAUUGAGGAGGAUUUUAGAAAUCAUCUGCAAAAUCAGAGUGCGCUUUUGUGAUAUCUUGUUUAUACAACAAUACGUUGUUUAUACAAUAUACACAAGUAAAAGGAAAACCCUUUGCAAAAAUAAAAGGGUCCAUGCUUACAGUUUGGUAUCACUUUGUCACUAAUAGUAACUUCUUAAUCUUGUUUUUUUAGUGUCUGUGGACAUGAUCUGGGAGGAAAUACCCUGAAAUCCCAUUGAUUUCAGUAGAAAUGUGCAUGCAUGUGCUUACAUUCAUUUUGCAAAUAUUAACUUUCAUGGCUCAGUGUUUAUUUUACAGCUGUUUCUUAUAAAAGAAAGACACUAAUGUACUCAGCAAAAUGAUGGCUUUGCUGUUUAUCAAUUUGUUACAGAACAUUCAUGUACAAAGGACAUAGAAAUAGAUGAUGAAGACAGAUGAUAUAAAGAUAGAUGGAUGGAUAAGAUAAUAGAGAUAGAUAGAUAGAUAGAUAGAUAGAUAGAUAGAUAGAUAGAUAGAUAGAUAGAUAGAUAGAUAGAUAGAUGAUAGAUAGAUGUAUUCAAAGCGAAUAUUUCUAUCAAAGUCUUUCACAAGUGUUUGAUGCAGGAUAGUGACUAAACUUAAAAUCAACAGGUUAAAUCUCAUAUCAAUAAUAAACUGUGAAGGAAACUACAGUGUCCGGGUUUUUGCCUUUUUCUUAGUUGUUUUGGGCAUAAUCUUUGGUGCUGUAUUGAAUAUCCAUAUUGGCAAAAUGUUUUUCAAUCAUAUAAUUAAAUAUAUCAAGAUAGUAUAGUUAAUAAGCAGGGUUCCCUUUUCAAAUAUGGCUUUUAGAGAUUUAUCUAGACACAUCCCUACACUGCUAUAUUUUUCAUUCCUAAAGCUCUCAAAAACAAUUUAAAUCAGACAUCUUCACAACCUCACAGCCAAUUAGUGUUUCUUUCAAUUCAGUAAGGGAGUGUAAGUUGCUAUACCUUUUGCAGAGCUUUAAUGUUAAAAAUGAAAAGAGCUCCUAUGAGUAAUUAUGGGUACAGGACACAGAGGCUGAAAUAAAUCUGCUUAGUUGUUGAAUAAUGACAGGCACUUGACAUUAGAGAGAGGUGGCACUAUUUCUGAGGUAGUGCAAAAACUCAUGCUACUAUUACAUUUGUGUUGAGAGCACCAAAGUACUCCUGGGUUUAAAGGAUUGAAUAGUGUUAUCACUGUUGCCGGGGGGAUGUCCAGUUGGGGGCUUCUUUCAUGUCCCUAUUAAGUUGCCCUUUAAAGUAGUACCUAUCUACACUUUCAAACUGUUGGGUUGGUAGGAAGUAGAGUGUGUAAUGGGAGCUCACCCCAUCCCUCAGUAGCAACCAGCUCAAAUGCAAACAUGCCAAUCAUCAGACCAACAUCCUAACCUUGUGAGUCAUGCAGUCUUAAGAUUCUUAUUGAAGCACACUUACAUGCCCAUGGGAGCUUGAUUGGUUCUUUAGUAUGAUAGGAGUUUCCUUCAUUUCAUAUCAAUAUGUCAAAGACUUGUCUCAGGAUUGAUGUAUUGAAAACUUCCAUACUAAGAUCUAUAAUAGACUCUAUUAACAUUUAAAAUGGAAAGUUUACAAUGAGAGGAGGGUAUAUGGAGAUGUCAAUAGAAGUGGGUGAAAUACACUACAGGAUCCAUGACUUUCAAAAAAAAUUCAGAAUCUUCAGAGAACUCUAGGAUUUUAAGUAUUUCAUUUUAAGAUCACUGUAUAUAUGUUACAUUUUUCCUAGAGAAGUGACUUUAUAUGAAUAACAGAUCAGCAAAUGUUUUAUUUGCAAAAUAUGCUUAUCCAUGAUUAACUAAACCAUGGUUUAAUCCAAUUUCCUAGGUUCAUAUAAUACAAACAGCCAUAAAAUAACUCCAGGCUAUAUUCUAAACUGAAAUUUGGUUAGUUUUCAGCCAUAAAAUAACCACAUAACAUUCUAAACUGACAUUUGGUUAGUUUUCCUCCCCCUCUCAUGUGCUGAAGCGAGUUAUUUUUACUUUCAUUAAUACUCUUAGAAGUUGUCCUUUAUCAUGGCUGUUAGCAUAAAGAAUUAACAUAAUCAACAUCCCUUACAUGAACAAAGUCUCUCCUUGAUUAUUGACUUUCUCUCAAAAUCACACAUUAACACUGUUUUCUGUCUCUGGGCUCUUGGGAUCCAAUCUGAGGAUAAAGGAUAUUACAGUUUUUUUCCUGAUUUGGAAUCCCUUGAUCACCUCAUGUGUGGAUUAUUGCAAUUGGCUUUAUAUGGCACUGUGCUUUAUAAUGGUCAGAUCACUAAGUGCACUUCUGUUUUCUGCUCUGUCUCCCUCUGCAGACAAGUUGGGUCUUUUAGCUCAAGGAAUAAGCAGCCUAACUUAGGGUUUGGGGGGAGGGGGAGAUGUGAUAGACAGUUUGACUGAGGCCUCAAUUUCUACCUACAACAGGUACAUGUCAAGGGCUCUGAUUGGCUUGCUUCUAUGGGAUCUCUCUCCACUUGUUAAUCUUGUGGGUUUCAUAGUUUUUCCAAGAAGAUAUGGAGAAUGGAUAACAGAAAACAUAACCAGACUGGAAGAAGAAAGAGACUGAAUCCUUGCAUAAAAGAGCCCAUCAUAGACAUUAUAUUAUGGUGAUAUAUUGGAAGCUACCCAAUGGUUUUGUUUUAAGACCUGCUAUGUGUUGGGGAGGGAAAAAUCACACAAAUCCUUUUAAGGACACUGAGAAACAUUCAAGGAUUCAUCAUAUAAACCUGCUUAGACCUAUUCAAAGUUGAAUUCCAGCUGGAUGAACUCAUGCAAGUCGAUGAGAUGCCAUUUUGUUCUGUUAUCCAGGAAGAAUUUACUAUUAACUCCUGGAGAAAUGGACAGGAUCUUUGGGAUGGUAACCUAACCAUUUUUCCUUUUCUGUUUGCUCCCCCAGUUAAUUAGCACUGCCUGGCAGAUGACAUAUGAUUGGAUCAUGCAAUAGUUUACACCUUUGAUAGAGGAAGGAAACAGUUAGUGAUAGGACCCCUCUCAAAGAAACAUGGCUAUGAAUAAUGUUCAUCUAGUUUCCAAGCUUCUCAUCUUAGAGAAAACUGCUAAGAUGGUGACUAGCUUGCAUCUCCAGAGGGCGCUGGAGGAAAUAGAUCUUUCAAAGGCAGGUGUUAAGCUGGGACACAGAGUGGAGAUGGCACUGAUUAUACAGAUAGUCCUCACUUAACAAUCAUUCAUUCACAACUGAAGAUACAACAGAGCUUAACAAAUGGUACUUCUAUCUGGUCCUCAAAGUUACAACUGUUGUAGUACCCCUCUAGUCACAUACUGAGCGUUGGCAGAGCACCUGCACUCUGCCAGUGUAGGCACUCUGCCAACACAAGAAGUGCUUCAACUCCCCCCACCUAUCUCCCCUUCCCACCUCUGCUCUUUUGGCCACCUGCACUCUGCAACCCCACUGUCCUGCAAUCUGUUUGUCUGAGGUAUUAAAAUGCGGCUCUAAAUAUGCACCUUGAUACCUCUCCAGUUGUCACUCUAUCCAUUAUUUCUAGAUUUGGUAUAUAAUCCACAGGACACUUGCAACAGGAUUUGCAUUGCAUUUCCAAGAGCUUUGGUAAUCUUUAUGGAUAACAAGGAAGCAUUUUGAUUGGAUUGAUCUCUGGGAUGUCCAA